CCGCAGAAGCAUCUCUACCGAUGAAACAACUUUUCCUGGCAGUGAUUGCUGCCACACUGCAUCUGGUGCGGGCCCAGGACUCAUGCAUCCCGGGUGUAACCUGCGCCACGUUCAACUGUACCACGGACAGCCGGUGCCCGCUAACGAAUCCACCGCAGGGACCGGUACUGCUGCCACAUACGGACUGUACCAAGUUUUACAAGUGUUCUAACGGUCAAGCGUGCGUGUACGACUGUCCGGCAAAUUUGCACUUCAAUCCCGUAGAGAAUGCUUGCGAUUGGCCCGAGCGAGCUUGCUGCGAGGGACCGUGUUUGCCGUCCGAUCCGUGCGUUCCCGGUGUGACUUGUCCACCGUCCGAACCACCGCUAACUCCAACACCAGCUCCAACACCAGCUCCAACGCCAGCUCCAACACCAGCUCCUACACCGGCACCUACUCCAGCUCCUACACCGGCACCAACGAUUCCAACCGCUCCCACACCGGCCCCACCAACAGCUCCCACACCCGCUCCAACUCCAGUUCCAGGAACCUGUAUCGAGGAUACGGUGCGCUGUAAUCCUGCCGAAAAUCCAAACGACCCAACCGUCUUACCGCACGAAACCGACUGCUCACUGUUCUACAAGUGUGACCUCGGCCGACGCUGCUUGCUGAGCUGCCCACCUGGACAACACUUCUGGGCAGCGCAGGGAGUGUGUGAAAGGCCCGAGGUGGCUUGUUGCGAUCAAUCGGUGUGCAAUCCACCCAGCGAAUGUGUCGAUGAUGUGCGCUGCCCGUUGCUGGAAGAUCCCUUCUUCCCGACCGUGUUCCCGCACGAAUCCAAUUGUUCCAAGUUUUACAUGUGCGACCUUGGCAGACGCUGUCCUCGCGAAUGCCAAGCCGGAACACAUUUUAGUAGUGCAUUGGGACGCUGCGAAGCGGCUGAUGUGGCGUGCUGUGAUCCAAGCAUACCUUGCCGAGGGCCAACCAUCAGUGUCUGCAUGCCCGAUGCCCGGUGUCCGCUGGCGGACAAUCCCUUCGAUCCGACCGUGCUGAGCCAUGCUACCAACUGUUCUCUGUUCUACAAGUGUGACAACGGUAAUGCCUGCCUGCUGGAGUGUCCUCCAGGACAGCACUUUUGGCAGGACAUGGGAAUCUGUGACUGGCCGGAUAGAGCUUGCUGUAAUCCAAUCUUUUGUACUGCAACAACCACGGCGUGUGUGCCGGAUAGCCGCUGUCCCCUGUUUGACGAUCCAAACAAUCCGCUGCUACUAAACCACAGUACCUCUUGCGCCCGGUUUUACAAAUGUUCCGCUGGUCAAGCAUGUGAUCUACCGUGUGAAGCUGGUCACUUUAGUGAAGCACUACAGCGCUGUGAACGGCCUGAAAUUGCCUGCUGCGAUCCUUCAGUCGUAUGUGAAAAUACACCUGCUCCUACUCCGGUCCCUACGCCUGUGCCAACCCCGGUUCCUACACCGGUUCCAACGCCAGUCCCUACACCGGUACCAACUCCAGCACCUACUCCAGCACCAACGCCUGCUCCUACUCCAGUGCCAACCCCAGCACCCACUCCUGUUCCUACACCUAGUGAUCCUUGCAUCCCUGGCGCCACUUGUCCCCCUAGCGAUGCCGGUAAUUGUAUCGCCGACAGUAGAUGUACGAGUCCCGAUGGGUCUACACCGACAUAUCUACCUCACAGUCAGUGCACUAUGUUCUACCAGUGUUCUAAUGGUAAAGCAUGCGAACACGAAUGUCCUGCUGGUUUACAUUUCAACCAAGCACUGAGUGUGUGCGAUUGGCCAGCGAAUGCCUGCUGUGAUCCUAAUAUAGCUUGCAAUAAUCCGUGCAUUCCUGGUGUCACUUGUCCUCCGACUGGUCCAACUCCGGCACCUACUCCUGCUCCCACUCCGGUCCCUACUCCUGCUCCAACGCCAGCUCCAACGCCUGCGCCUACUCCAGUCCCUACACCAGCACCUACUCCAGCACCUACUCCAGCACCUACACCAGCACCUACUCCAGCACCUACUCCAGCUCCAACACCUAGUGAUCCUUGCAUCCCUGGAGUCACCUGUCCGCCAAGUGAUGCAGGCAAUUGCGUAUUCGACACCAGGUGUCCAUCUAGGAACGGUGUUACACCGACGCUUCUUCCUCAUUCCCUAACCUGCACAAUGUUCUACAAGUGCAACAAUGGGUACGCCUGUGAGCACAACUGUCCUGCUGGCUUGCACUUCAACGAAGCAUUGAGUGUGUGCGAUUGGCCAGAGAAUGCCUGCUGUGAUCCUAACAUAGUUUGCUAUAAUCCGUGCAUUCCGGGAGUCACUUGUCCUCCGACUGGUGCAACUCCAGCUCCGACCCCUAUCCCAACACCGGCCCCAACCCCGGCGCCUACUCCGGCUCCUACUCCAGCACCUACUCCGGCUCCAACACCAGCUCCAACUCCAGCACCAACGCCAGCACCUACUCCAGCUCCAACUCCGGCUCCAACGCCAGCUCCUACUCCAGCACCCACUCCAGCACCCACUCCGGCACCGACCCCUGCUCCGACCCCUGCUCCAACCCCGACUCCUAGCGAUCCAUGCAUCCCUGGAGUCACCUGUCCACCAAGUGAUGCAGGCAAUUGCAUUGCAGACAGCCGUUGCCCACUAAGAAAUGGAGUUACACCGGCGCUUCUGCCACAUUCAAACUGUGGAAUGUUCUACAAGUGCAACAAUGGAUACGCCUGUGAGCACUACUGUCCGGCUGGCUUGCACUUCAACGACGCGCUAAGUGUUUGCGAUUGGCCAACUAGUGCUUGCUGUGAUCCUACCGUACCGUGUGACCCACCGUGCAUUCCUGGAGUCACUUGUCCGCCUGUAGGUCCAACUCCAGCUCCAACCCCCGUACCUACACCGGCCCCAACCCCAGCACCUACUCCUACACCUACUCCUGCUCCUACUCCAGCACCUACUCCGGCGCCAACGCCAGCUCCCACACCAGCUCCAACGCCAGCUCCUACUCCAGCACCCACUCCCGCGCCGACCCCUGCUCCGACCCCUGCUCCAACUCCUGCUCCAACCCCGACUCCUAGCGAUCCUUGUAUCCCUGGAGUCACCUGUCCGCCAAGUGAUGCAGGCAAUUGCAUUGCAGACAGCCGUUGCCCGCUAAGAAAUGGAGUCACACCGACGCUUCUGCCACAUUCGAACUGUCAAAUUUUCUACAAGUGCAACAAUGGUUACGCCUGUGAGCACUACUGUCCUCCUGGUUUACACUUCAACGAAGCACUGAGUGUGUGCGAUUGGCCUACUAGUGCCUGCUGUGAUCCCACCGUACCGUGUGACCCACCGUGUAUUCCUGGUGUCACUUGUCCACCUGUAGCUCCACCAACCCCUGCUCCACCAACCCCAGCACCACCAACUCCAGCACCACCAGUAACAACCACAGUAGGUCCUUCGGAUCCGUGCAUUCCCGGUGUGACCUGCGAGCCGACCAACUGUCACAACGAUAUGCGCUGCCCGGCACUGGACGGUACGAAGCCCACGCUCUUUGCCCAUGCGGAAUGCGACAAGUUCUACAAGUGCUCCAACCGGAAGGCCUGCGAACACUCCUGCCCACCGGGGCUCCAUUUCAACGCGCAGCUGUUUGUGUGCGACUGGCCGAGCAGUGCCUGUUGCGAUCCAACGAUUCUAUGCGAUCCACCCUGCAUUCCGGGCAUUACGUGCAGCAGAGCGUUCCGAACCCGCCCGCUACCCGUACGCCGAAUGUAUCUUCCACUCUUCCUAGCUGUCACGCUGGCAGCGGUGCUGACCAGCGGACAGGCCCCGUGCGACCCGUCCGUUACCUGUCCCACGUUCAACUGUGCCCCUCAUCCGAAUUGUCCGGCCCGGGAUCCACUGCACCCGAUACUGCUGCCCCACAGUGACUGCAGCAAGUUCUACAAGUGUAACGCGGGCAAUGCCUGCGAACAGCUCUGCCCAGUCGGGCUGCACUACAACUCACGCGAACAGUCGUGCGAUUGGCCAAACCGGGCCUGCUGCGAUCCGAGCAUUGAGUGCGGAAUCUCUGAAGCCCCACCAACCAACUGUGUGCCCAACUCGAACUGUCCCGCCUCGUCGCAGGAUACCGUCCUGCUACCGCACAGCAACUGUGCCAUGUUCUACAAGUGUUCCGGACCGUUCGCCUGCCCAAUGGACUGCCCACCACAGCUCCACUUUAACCCGAAGCAAAACGCUUGCGAUUGGCCCGAGCGUGCCUGUUGCGAUCCGACCGUUCCCUGCGAUCCUUGCAUUCCCGGCGUAACUUGCCCACCAACCGGGCCUACUCCUGCUCCCACUCCAGUUCCGACACCAGUUCCGACACCUGCUCCCACUCCAGCUCCGACACCUGCUCCCACACCAGCUCCCACUCCAGCUCCCACUCCAGCUCCCACACCAGCUCCCACACCAGCUCCAACCCCAGUUCCCACCCCAGCUCCCACACCAGUUCCUACCCCAACUCCCAACCCAGGUCCAACGCAACCGGAUACACCAUGCGAUCCGUCCGUUACCUGUCCACUGAACUGUGUUGCGGAUCCGCGCUGCCCGACACGUGACGGUACCACCCCGGUCCUGCUACCCAGCACCAACUGCAGCAAGUUCUACAAGUGCCAAUCUGGACGGGCCUGCGAAUUUGACUGUCCGUAUGGGCUGCACUUCAACGCGAAAUCGAUGGUGUGCGAUUGGCCGCAUCAGGCCUGUUGCGAUCCAACGAUUGAGUGUGUACCGGCAUGCAUUCCCGGCGUCACCUAUCGGUAUCUGAUUGAUUAUGCGAAAAAGUUUUAUCCAGAACGGCAAAACGAUGUCCAGCGCUAUAAAAGCUUAUCCACAGCGCGGGCGGUACGGUUUGUUGCUGUACCAACCGCAAGCGUGAUAUCCUCUUUAGGUUCUCCCCGCUGCGAACAUCCCGAAAGAGGCAGGAUGCAGCUGAUCCUGCUCUGUGUGGCGUUUGGGAUUGUCGGAGUGGCGUACGGUGCAGAUGCGUCAUCAUGUAUGGUUGAUGCGCGCUGUCCCUUGGUCGACAAUCCACCAUCCUUCCUACCUCACUCGACUGACUGUUCUCGAUUCUACCAGUGUUCGUAUGGGCGGGCUUGCGAAAAAACGUGCCCAACCGGAUUACAUUGGAGCACGUCGUCACAGCGUUGUGAGUGGCCAUUUGUUGCCUGCUGCGAUCCUUCGGCAGAGUGUAGUUCCGUCUCAAUCACGCCGAGUCCCGUUACAACAACCACCACCACGACCACGACAACGACAGUUGCAACACCCAGCACACAGUGUAUUGCCGAUCUCCGAUGCCCGCUCGAUGACAACCCGUACCAACCGCUCCUGCUGGCACACGAAACCGACUGUGGCCAAUUUUACGCGUGCUCGUACGGUACACGCUGUCCGCUGAAAUGCGAAACCGGUCAACACUUUAGUGUGCAGCUGCAGCGUUGCGAAUGGCCUCAGUUUGCUUGCUGCGAUGCAACGUUAUCGUGCCAACAGUUACCGACCACGACCAUAAUCCCGUCGGAUGUACCUUCCGAGCAAUGUUAUCCGGAUGCACGCUGCCCGGCUGGUGAUGAUCCGCUCAAACCACUGCUGCUGCCGGUGUCGGGUAAUUGUGGAGCUUUCUAUAAAUGUCGCAUCGGUGAUGCGUGUCUGUUAUCUUGUCCCACCGGGCAACACUUCAGCGAGCAGUUGCAAGUGUGCGAAUGGCCCGAAAUUGCUUGCUGCGAUCGGACGUGUUGA